AUGGUAUUGGCUCCUCUCUCUAGGGUUUUAACUUUUGACCUCCAGUCCACCAUGAAAACACGGCGGCAGAAUAGCGUCUCUGGUGAUAGUCUUCCCAUCAACACCCCGCACAAUACGGAAUCGAAGACCUCAGAGAACUCCUCACCAUCGUCAAUCCCAGUUGAUUUCCUGAUCGAGAUAUUCUCGAAGCUUUCGGUGGAAUCUAUAGCGACAUGUCGUUGCGUAUCGAAGCUUUGGUACUCCACACUCCGCCGUCCAGAUUUCACCGAGCUGAUCUUGAGAAGGUCUUGUUCCACAAGCCCUAAGCUAUUGUUCGCAUGCAGAGAAAAGAGAGGCGUGGUCUUCUUCACGUCACCUCAGCCUCAAAGUCCGGAUGAGAAGUCGUCUCCUGUAGUCGCCAGUUGCCAUAUGAAGUUCUACUUUAAAGUUUCCAUUGACAUCGAUGACAUCAGUUAUGGUGUCCAUGGCAUUGUCUGUCUUUCGAGUAACCGAAUCUCAAAGGGAAAAGAGGAAAGAGCGCCGGUGAUAUGGAACCCUAGCACCGGAGAAUCGGGAAUCUUACCCAAAGUGAAGACGAGGAGACCAGAUACGGUGAAGUUCUUGUUUGGUUAUAUCAAAGUCACGGACUAUAUCGACGUCAGGGCGAUGAGCCUUGGGGCCAACAUCAACUUCUAA